AUGUAUGGCAAAUGCGGCAGCGCGGCCGAUUCAUUCGCCGUGUUCCAGCGCGCCAGAGAUCGAAACCUCUACUCGUGGAACAUGAUGCUCCAGGCAUUUGCCCUAAAUGGGGAUCUGUCCAGCGCCAAGAAUCUCUUCGAUAGAAUGCCGCAAAAAGACGUGGUUUCAUGGACGGCUAUCAUGGCAACUUUUGCCGCUAAUGGUCGUUUAAACGAGGCGAGCUUGCUGUUCGAUUCUCUGCCCUGCCCUAAUCUUGUGUCGAGGAAUGUCAUGCUUGCAGCAUAUGCCAAGGCUGGGCAUUUGGAUUCCGCGUGGAAAGCUUUCAACGCUAUGGGUGAGAGAAGCGUUGCUUCUUGGACGUCGAUGAUCCAGCCACUGGCGGAAUUAGGGAAAGUGGAGGUGGCCCAGCAGAUUUAUGGUCGGAUGCCAAUGUGGAAUGUAAUCACGUCGACUUCGAUGCUAGCUGCAUAUACCCAAAGCGGGAAUUUUGACAUGGCAUUGGAGGCUUUUGAUUCCAUGCCGGAGAUCAAUGUGGUAACGUGUACGGUCAUGAUCAGCUGCUACGCGGCAUGUUUCCAGAUUGAAGAGGCUCUCAAAGUUUUCGACUCGAUGCUGGAGAGAAACGUUGUGACAUGGACCGAAAUGGUGCACGUAUAUGCGGAUCUUGGGCAUCUUGAAGAGGCAAAACUUCUUUUCUACAAGAUGCCUUGUUGGACUCUCGUCCCUUGGAACGUGAUGCUUUUGGCAUAUGCCAUGGCCGGGCAUGUGGAGGACGCCAAGCUCAUGUUUGAGACGAGCCCCUCACGGAGCGUUUUCUCCUGGACAGCCAUGAUCCAGGCAUAUUCCUGCCAUGGAGACUUUGCACAGGCGGAGGAUAUUUUCCUUUGCAAGAUCCCAAUGAUGGACGUCGUGGCCGCGAACACAAUGCUCGCGACGUACACGCUCGCCGGGUGUACGGACAAGGCCGAGAGGCUCCUUGAGACAAUGCCCCUGCGAGAUGAGGUGACUUUGGAUACAAUGCUGGUGGGAUAUUCCCAGAAUGAAAUUUGGUGCUCGAGGAAGCCGCAGUUUUGUUUCAAAAUAUGCCUCUUGUGA